AGGUACAAUUUAUUUUACUAUGUUGGUUGCACUAAACGUGUUGUGAAAGGGGUCAACAAAUCUGGUGUUUUGUAAGUCGUGUAGUUUGGCAAGAAAUGUUCGUCAUGUUGUGAUAAAUUUAGUACUUGGUCAAUCAGGACAUACAUUUUAUCAAAAUUUUGAAAUCUAGGUUAUAAGCUACUUCGUUUCGGAAACAAAGAUGGAUGUGUUUUUGAUGAUACGAAGGAAGAAGUUGACAAUUUUCACUGACGCCAAAGAUACAACUACUGUUUUUGAACUAAAAAGAAUUAUAGAAGGCAUAUUGAAAGUAUCCCCUAAUAACCAGCAACUUUUUAACAAAGAAAGCACGUUAAUGGAAGAUGACAAGACCUUGCAGGAAUAUGGCUUGAAUUCGAGCACGGCAAAGGCACAGAGUCCAGCUUUAGUCGGCUUAGCGAUAAGGCAAGAAAAUGGGGAUUUUGAGCAACUGGAAAUCACACCCUACUCCUCUCCACCAGACUUGCCUGAUGUAAUGAGAACUCAAGAAACAAAUGGCCAGGAACAAUCAUCGUGAACUCUGCAAGUUUGCUUUAUCACAGAGGUCAACUUUGGGUUGGAUCUGAAUAAGGUUCAAGUGCACCUGAAAAAAUUAUUUCAUUAACACCGGUUUUCUCACAAAAUUUUCCGGUCCAGGAGUGAUUGGUGUGAUGAAUCAGACGACUUAUUUUUUUCUAAAGCAAUUUGUUUAUGUUAUGCAGCUUCUUUAAGUUACUUAAUUAUAUUUCUGAAGAGAGCAAUCUUCAUUGGAAAGUAAUGCAUACAUUACGUACAUGUUUUUGUACCUAUUUUAAAUCUCCAUGUUUGUGUUCUAGUCACAGAUGAUACUGAUACAUGAGCAACAGUAUUUAAAAUUUUCGCAGGGUGAUUCAGUAGUAUGGAUAUUUUUGUGCUUCAUUGAUAUAAUAGGAACAACGCAUAUUGUUGAAAAAAUAUAGUAAUUUCUAAUAUUUAAAAAAAAAAAAUAUUACGAUAUUGAAACUUCUAAAUUUGUGUUUGCAUUUUUCAUUUCCUAAAACUUUAAGUUAUGAUACAUAUGGCAAAGCAUUUUGGCUUUAAUAUAGGUAUUUAACAAUUAAAAAGUAAGUACACAUGGUGCAUUUAAGCUUCAUAAGUAUGUUGUUUGCUAAAAGUUGCUUUUAAAGGCAACAAGGACAUGCAUAAUUUAUAUUUGCUCACUCAUUGAUGUGGAUAUGAAAAAAAAAACUUAUAUUCUGUGUCCUUUGGAGCUUUGUUGUGUUAAGCUGAAUGUAAUGCUGAUGAACACUUGUAAAUUAUCUGCAAUAAUGACAUGAAUAAUAAAAAUUAAUAAUUGUG